GGGACAUCCCUAGGGAGCGAGAGUGAGAGGAAGUUUGAGUGAUACAGCAAGUGAUACAGCAGGCCCUGCCCGAAUGUUCAAUCAAAACCCCAGUCUAUUUGGGAGUUGUAGUAAUCAGUUUGCCUUUCAAGUGUGCGGCGAACGUAUAGCUGGGAUUUGGAAAAUAAGUAGCCCCACCAGAAAUGACAGCAGCAAACACAGGCAAAACGUCCGACAAGGAGAACGACCCAAAGUCAUCAACCACGGCCGCUUCCACAGCAGCUGGCCAGGAUGGGGGCAGCUCGCCCACACCCCAGUUCCAAUCCUAUGUGAAUGGCAACGGCAGUGGGGUGUACAAGAUCAUCAAGACCCUGGGCAAGGGCAACUUUGCCAAGGUCAAGCUGGCGAUUCAUAUGCCCACCGGUCGGGAGGUGGCCAUCAAGGUGAUCGACAAGACAACGCUGAAUGCCAGUGCCCGGCAGAAACUGUAUCGCGAGGUGAAGAUAAUGAAGCUGCUGAACCAUCCGAAUAUCGUACGCCUCUUCCAGGUCAUCGAAUCGGAGAGGACGCUCUACCUGGUGAUGGAGUACGCCAGUCGGGGCGAGCUAUUCGAUCACCUGGUGAAGAACGGAAGGAUGCGGGAGCGGGAUGCCCGGGUGAUCUUCCGCCAGUUGGUGUCCGCCAUUCAGUAUUGCCAUGGGAAGUCCGUUGUGCAUCGCGAUCUCAAGGCGGAGAACCUGUUGCUGGACCAGCACAUGAACAUCAAGAUAGCGGACUUUGGCUUUGGCAACACCUUCGAACCCAAUGUCCAACUGGAGACCUUCUGCGGAAGUCCACCCUAUGCCGCCCCUGAACUCUUUCGGGGCAUGAAAUACGCUGGACCUGAGGUGGACUCGUGGUCACUGGGAGUGGUGCUCUACACCCUGGUCAGCGGAUCCCUGCCUUUCGAUGGCGGCAAUCUGAAGGAGCUACGCGAUCGGGUUCUGCGUGGCAAAUACCGCGUUCCCUACUACAUUACGUUAGAUUGCGAGAACCUGAUUCGGAAAUUCCUGGUGCUGAAUCCCGCCAAGCGAACUACUUUAUCGGCUGUCAUGUCCGACAAGUGGAUUAAUCUGGGUCACGAGGAUGGCGACAGACUGAGGCCGUUUCAGGAGAAGCCCACGAAUCUGCAGGACUUCAACCGAUUGCAUUUGCUGGUGAGCAUGGGCCACAAGCUUCGUGAUGUAGAGCAGUCGCUGAAGGGACAGCAGUUUGACGACAUUUAUUGCACCUAUAUGCUCCUGGAAUUGGCCAAGCCGCGCUCCUCGAACCCCAAAGCAGUGGCUUCUAUGGGCGAUUUACCGACUUCUUUCAGUCGAAUUCCUGUACCCACCACUUCGCCCAAUGUUACAGUUACUCAAGUAACCUUCGCUCUGGACAAGAGUACCCCCAUUCACUCUGCCUCGGGUUCGAGUCGUCCCAUAGCUCCUCGUUUGGCCAACGUCCUCGUUACGCCCACUUCGACGCCUCCCUCGGAGCCGCCUUCCAAAUUUAUACGCCGCACAGCUCCCAGGCGAUCUGAGCCCUCGAGUCAUCCACCAACCGCACUGCCCAAGAGAGGAGCCAGUGCCUCCGUGGAUGUCAAGCCAACGCUGCUAAGUGCCCAGCGUAAGUUGGCUCAAACCCAGAAGCUGGCCAGUCCAUCCCUCCGCUAUCAGUAUCCCGGUGUCCAGUCUCCCAGCCAAACUCGGGGAUCUAGGCCACCACCAGGAUCAACGACUCACUACGGAAAGGCAGAGCCACCAGCCACGCCCCUAAUGGUGCUCAAGUCGCCGUCAAACUUCCAGACCCCACCACCAUCCCCAUCUCCAUCCCCAGAUGUCAUUAAACGCACCUCGCGAGUGGGAUUCUUCUCCAAGUUGUCCGCCCGCUUCGGUCGAAGGACGAUCCACCAGGACGGAAAGCUCCUGGACACCACCGAUCAUCGCAUGAAUAAUUAUAACCGCAAGUGAUACAGCAGACCCUGGCCCAAAACGGACGAUUGACCUUGUGUCUAGUUGGUAUUUUUAAUGAAAACGACUAAAAUUUAGUAUUACAAAUAAAUGUUGAUUUAAUGCA